UUCCAUCAAAUCUCCCUUCUCGUUUAUCGUUAUUUUCCUUUUCCCUUUCUCUUUCUUCAACCAAGACCGAUUUCUCUUUCUCUCUUUACACCUUCAUCUUUGCAAGUGAUUACGCCAUUGAGAUUACCAUACAAAGUUCCAAGUUUCCAUCCGAAUCUCGUCAAAGGCGGUGGGUUUCUUUGGUGCAAAACUGAUACGUGUUUAGGUUGUGGAUUUUAGUAGUAUCGGUGGGUUUUCUUGGUCGGCACAAAUUGAUUACUCUACUACAGGGCUCUGCACUCCAAAACCUUCCUGUCUUCUGAAUGUGAGACGCGCACUGAGCUGCCCCAAAUUGAAGAUGAAGCUGAAACAGUUAGACGGCCUUCUUGGUUCCCUUCAACAGUCCGAAAAUCCAAAGAUUGAACUGGAACAAUAUCCAACUGGACCCCACAUUGCGUCUCGGUUGCUCUACACCGCAGAGAAUUCCUUUGGGGAUGUGUCGGAUAAGGUGGUGGCAGAUUUUGGUUGUGGGUGCGGUACACUUGGACUGGCUGCUGGUCUUUUGGGUGCAGAGCAUGUUAUUGGCUUUGAUAUUGCUGCGGAGUCUAUUGAAAUUGCAUCCUUAAAUGCAGAUGAGCUAGAGUUAGACAUGGAUUUCAUUCAAUGUGAUAUCAGGAACUUAAGAUUGUCAGUUUGCACAGAUCGAGCUAUUGAUACUGUAGUAAUGAAUCCUCCUUUUGGGACGAGGAAGAAAGGAGCUGACAUGGAUUUUCUGUCUAUGGCUUUGAAGGUGGCUUCUGGAGCAAUUUAUUCCUUGCACAAGACCACAACAAGAGAUCACAUCAAAAGAACUGCGUUAAGAGAAUAUAAUGCAAGCACUGCCGAGGUUCUAUGUGAGCUUCAUUUUGAUGUGCCCCAACUCUACAAAUUUCACAAGAAAAAGGAGGUUGAUGUAGCUGUGGACUUGUGGCGAUUCGUUCCAAAUAACAAUCGACCAAAGCAUUUGUAGAACUGUAGCAGGUACCUCUAGCUGGCCCGAAAAGAUCUAUAAGUAUAGCAUUUCCAAUAGAACAAUAUUCUGUUGGGCAAUUGAGGUUCUUUCACAGACAUGAUUUUGUAACCAAUAUAUAGGGUUGAUUUGCCUUUAAUAUCUUGUUUCCCGGAUCAUAAAAAAACUUAUAAUUUACUUUGUACUUGACUACUUGUACAGAAUAUCUUACUCAACACACCACAAGCAUAGAGUUGAGGUGUA